UUACCAAUUUCAACAUUCAUCCUACUCAGCUUGUUCCAACUUUCUAGUGCUGCUUUCGACCUAAAUGCAAAGGAUAACAUGAUCCUCUUCUGGGGUCAGAAUUCAAAAUCAACUGAUACUUCUCAACAACGUCUUAAAUACUACUGCGAUCCCAGAAAUGUCGACAUGGUUAUUAUAUCCUUUAUCUCCCAAUUCCCCUUUGGCUCCAGCUCAAACGCCCCCACUUUAAACUUUGCAAACGCCUGCGAUUCCUCAUCUUCUUUCAAUAAUGGCCUCCUAAAAUGCGACGAAAUAGCUCAAGACAUCUCAUAUUGCCAAAAUUUAGGCAUUCCCAUCUUACUCUCCCUAGGUGGCUCUGCUGGUGGUGAAAGCUAUGGUUUUGAUAGCGACGAUGAAGCUGCAGAGUUUGCUCUAACCUUAUGGAACCUAUUUGGCGAGGGUGAAAGUAAUACAAGACCCUUUGGCGAUGCUGUAAUAGAUGGCUUUGAUCUAGACAUUGAAAACAAAGACCAAACUGGCUAUCCAACUCUAGUCUCCGAACUAAGAUCCUACUUCAAAUCUUCUCUGAAAAAAUAUUACAUCUCUGCAACUCCUCAAUGUCCUUAUCCUGAUGAAUCCCUAGGCGAUGUUCUAAUCCAAUCCGAUAUAGACUUUGCUUUAAUCCAAUUCUAUAACAACUAUUGCAACAUUGGCACAGACUAUUUCAACUUCGAUCAAUGGGUCCAAAAUAUCCAAAACUUUAACAAUAAAGAUAUCAAAUUAUAUCUAACUCUAGCUGCCGCUGAAUCUGCUGCUUCCUUUGGUUACGUUUCCUCAAGCAUUGUUGCUCAAACUCUUGAUCAAAUCAGCUCUUACUCAAGCUUUGGUGGGGUUUCUCUAUGGGAUGCUUCUCAAGCUUAUACAAAUCAGGAAAAUGGUCUCAAUUUUGUUCAACAAGUUAACGCUUACCUCAAAUCAAACCAACAAUCCCCAUCCCAACCUCAAUCACAAUCUCAACCAACUAUCUCAUCUGAUUACUCCCUCGACUCAACUUCAACUAUCACACCACCAUCCUCAUCCUCAUUUUCACCCAUUUCAACUGAUAGU